AGAGAGAGAGAGAGAGAGAGAGAGAGAGAGAGAGAGAGAGAGAGAGGUUAUGUGGCAGCCUGUUACAGAAAAUGAUCAAUCCCUGAACGAAGCGGGAGGGUCACUUGAUACCGUCUCCUUCUCAGCGGCUGACGGGGAGAUGCUCACUGCUGUCCAGAUGACUUUACAGGCAGCGCUUAGAAUAAAUUAACCGGCAGUUUAUCUCGCUUUAUCUGGCGUCCACACACAUACAAAUUCACUGACUGACUGAUUGAUGCGGGACGUUUCCAAGCCUCCAAAAAACCCCAGCGAAAUAACCGGAUCUGCGCUACUCAUGAAUGAGUCUCUUCUUAUUUCAAGAAUGAUGUGAAGAUCACUUACGAAGGACAAGACUGCACUUCAGCUCAUCUUUUACAGUGCAAUCCCGCUCUGUGCUGAUACACACACCCAGUCGUUUUGUCUGAGCUGUGUAUUUUUUGGAGCCCUGUGGGAAUGGGAACGUGCUUAGAUAAAGGAUGGACUAACUGCGGCCUCACUAAAGGUCACGGCCCCCUAAAGGUCAUGUCAUGGCCCCUGGCACUGUGGCUAUUGACUCUAAUCUCUGUGAAUCAAAAGACAACUGUGGGACAGACUGUGAGCACCUUCCAAUCAGAGAGGAGGGAGUGGUCGCUGAACCACCUGACUGUGCAUCAGUCCACUGGGGCUCUGUACGUCGGAGCUGUCAACCGAAUCUACAAGUUGUCGGCUAAUCUCACCCUCCUGGUGUCCCAUGACACAGGGCCAGAGUAUGACAACAAAGCGUGUUAUCCUCCGCUGAUUGUCCAGCCCUGCUCCGAGCCUUUGGCCUCUACUGACAACGUUAACAAACUGUUGCUCAUCGACUACUCUCACAACCGGCUGCUGGCCUGCGGCAGCCUCUACCAGGGCGUCUGUAAGCUGAUGAGGCUGGAUGACUUGUUCAUCCUGGUUGAGCCCACACAUAAGAAAGAACACUACCUAUCCAGUGACAACCAGACAGGGACAAUGUAUGGGGUUGUUGUGCCUUCGCAGGGUCAGGAUGCCACUCUGUACAUCGGCACAGCUGUUGGAGGCAAGCAGGACUACUUCCCAACUAUCUCCAGCCGCAAGCUGCCUCGUGACCCAGAAUCCUCCGCCAUGUUGGACUAUGAGCUUCACACUGACUUUGUUUCAUCACUCAUCAAAAUCCCCUCAGACACACUGGCUCUUGUCCCGCACUUUGACAUCUACUAUAUCUAUGGUUUCGCUAGCGGCAGCUUUGUCUAUUUCAUGACCGUCCAGCCGGAGACUCCAGAGAACGGGAUGCCUGCAGGCGGCUCCCCUGGCGACCUGUUCUACACCUCUCGCAUCAUCCGCCUGUGCAAAGGUGACACGAAGUUCCACUCCUAUGUGUCACUUCCUGUAGGGUGUGUACACAGAGGCGAGGAGUACCGUCUGCUGCAGGCGGCUUACCUGGCCAAGGCCGGCAGGGUUCUGGCAAAGUCGCUCAACAUCAGUGCUCAGGAGGACGUGCUCUUUGCUGUGUUCUCCAAGGGGCAGAAGCAGUACCACGACCCUCCGGAUCACUCCGUUCUCUGUGUCUUCACCAUCCAAGACAUCAACACGCGCAUCAAGGAGCGGCUGCAGUCCUGCUACCAGGGAGAGGGAAACUUGGAGCUGCACUGGCUGCUGGGAAAGGAUGUCCAGUGCACCAAGGCGCCUGUUCCCAUCGAUGAUCACUUCUGCGGCCUGGAUAUAAACCAACCCCUGGGGGGUUCUCAGCUGGUGUCGGGUCGGACAGUGUUCACUGAGAGCAGGGACAGGUUGACCUCUGUUACCUCCUACGUCUACAACGGGCACAGUGUGGUCUUCCUGGGCACCAGAAGUGGACGGUUGAAGAAGAUCAGGGUGGACGGCCCUCUGGAGGGAGGAGUGCUGUACGAGACAGUGACUGUGAUGAAGGAUAGCGGCACCAUCCUCCGGGACAUGGCCUUCUCCCUGGACAGGAACUCUCUCUAUGUCAUGUCUGACAAUCAGGUGGCCCAGGUCCCCGUGGAGGCUUGUGAGCAGUACGGGACAUGUGCUGAGUGCCUGAGCUCUGGCGACCCACACUGUGGCUGGUGUGUCCUGUAUAACAUGUGUUCAAGGAGGGAUCGGUGUCAGAGGGCAGAGGAGACCUUCCGUUUCGCCACUGUCAUUGACCGCUGUGUGAAAGUUAUCGCUCACCCGGACAGCAUUGCUGUAUCAGCACAUAGUGUCCCUCUUCUCCUGGAGGUGAAUAAUGUUCCGGACCUUUCUGCAGGAAUCACCUGUUCAUUUGGCCAGCAAGCCCAAGUGGAGGGUCACGUCAAAGGGAACAGGGUUAUGUGUCUGUCCCCAGCUGGGAAGGAGGUCCCUCAGAUACCAGAGGGACAAGACUGGGCUGGCGUAGAGCUUCGUCUAAACUCAAAGGAGACAGGUCAGAUGGUCGCCAGCACAGAGGUGAAGUUCUACAACUGCAGCACCCAUCAAACGUGUCUGUCCUGUGUAAACAGCACUUUCCGCUGCCACUGGUGUAAAUACCGCAACCUGUGCACCCACGACCCAAGCAGCUGUUCUUUCCAGGAGGGCAGAGUCAACGCCUCAGAGGAUUGCCCUCAGCUCCUUCACUCCGGGGAAAUUCUCAUCCCAGCUGGUGAGGUCCGACCCAUCACCCUGAGGGCCCGAAACCUUCCCCAGCCUCAGUCAGGCCAGCGCGGCUACGAGUGUGUGGUGCACGUACAGGGUGUCAGCCACCGUGUCACGGCGCUGCGCUUCAACAGCACCAGCGUGCAGUGCCAGAACAGCUCGUACAUGUACGAGGGUGUGAAGAUCAGUGACCUGGCAGUGGACCUCUCCAUCGUAUGGAACGGCAAUUUCAUCAUCGACAAUCCCGAGAAGAUUAAAGUGCACCUCUACAAGUGCAGUGCUCAGCGGGACAGCUGUGGCAUGUGUCUGCGGGCGGAGAUGAAGUUCCAGUGCGGCUGGUGCAGUGGCGAGGGCCGAUGCACCAUGAAGCAGCACUGUCCUCCCAUCUCCCCCUACGCAAGCCGCUGGCUGGAUCUCUCUGCCAGGAAUGUCAAGUGCACCAACCCACGCAUUACUGAGGUGAGCCCAGUGGCAGGGCCUCUGGAGGGGGGCACACUGGUCACCAUCCAGGGCCUGAACCUGGGUCUGUCCUUCUCUGAGCUAGAGGGUAACGUGGAGGUGGCUGGAGUGCAGUGCACCCCACAGGAGGAGGGAUAUAUCACAGCAGAACAGAUCGUGUGUGAGAUGGCUGCGGCUCCUAAGCGAAGUGCAGCAGGUCCAGUGAAGCUCUGUGUUGGCGAAUGCAGACCAGAACUACGCGCACAGUCCUCCCAGUUCUACUCCUUUGUGACCCCUUCGAUGUUGGCGCUGACCCCUGGCAGAGGACCUGAAUCUGGGGGCACCAAAGUCACCAUUGUUGGGGAGAAUCUGGGUGCUGGCAGCACUGUCACUGUGUACUUUGGCAAUCAGACCUGUGAGCUGUACAGGAGGACCACGUCCGAGAUUGUGUGCUUCUCUGCACCAUCGGUGACGGGGGCCGGGCCGGUGCAGGUCGGUUUGAGUGUCGACCGGGCCAAAGUUCCUGGGAGUCUGGCCUUCGAGUACAUAGAAGACCCCACAGUCCAGCGCAUUGAGCCCCUGUGGAGCAUUACCAGUGGACACACCACACUGACAGUGACUGGGACUAACCUGGAUGUGGUUCAGGAGCCGCGGGUCAGAGUCAAAUAUGCCGGCCACGAAUCUGUCAAUGUGUGCAAAGUGCUGAACACAACCACUAUCAGCUGCUUCGCCCCCUCCCUGAAGGCGGAGUACAACACAGACCAGGAGACCAUCAAACACGUGGAUGAGUUUGGCUUUGUCUUCAACAACGUCCAAGCUCUGCUCACUUACAACAGCACAAGCUUUGUGUACUAUCCCAACCCUUACCUGGAGCCCCUCAGCCUAUCAGGUGUUCUGGAGCAGAAACCUGGAGCUCCCAUCAUACUCAAAGGACGUAACCUGGUGCCAUCUGCAUCUGGUGGAGCCAGGCUGAAUUACACAGUGCUGAUUGGGGAUACGCCCUGUUCUCUCACUGUGUCGGACACUCAGUUACUCUGUGAACCGCCAAACCUCACCGGGCAGCACAAAGUCCUGGUCCAAGUAGGAGGACUCCACAUCUCCCCUGGAGAAGUUCACAUCCGGUCUGACAGCCUGCUCACCCUUCCUGCUAUCUUCAGCAUCGCAGCUGGAGGAGGGCUGCUCCUCAUCAUCGUCAUUAUAGUCUUGCUGGCCUACAGACGGAAGUCACAUGAGAACGACCUAACUUUGAAACGCCUGCAGAUGCAGAUGGACAAUCUGGAGUCCCGGGUGGCUCUGGAGUGCAAGGAGGCCUUUGCAGAACUACAGACGGACAUCAACGAGUUAACCAGUGAUCUGGACAGGGCUGGCAUCCCCUACCUGGACUAUCGCACAUACGCCAUGAGGGUUCUCUUCCCCGGCAUUGAUGAUCACCCUGUGCUCAGAGAGCUGGAGGUGCCAGGGAGCGGACAGGCGAAUGUGGAGAAAGCCUUGAAGCAGUUUGCUCAGCUGGUGAAUAACAAGGUUUUCCUGCUGACAUUCAUCCGUACACUGGAGCUGCAGCGCUCUUUCUCCAUGCGUGACCGCGGUUACGUCGCCUCGCUCAUCAUGACUGCUCUGCAGGGACGGCUGGAGUACGCCACAGACAUCCUCAAACACCUGCUCUCAGACCUUAUCGAACGCAACCUGGAGAGCAAGAACCACCCCAAACUACUCCUCCGCAGAACAGAGUCGGUGGCAGAGAAGAUGCUGACAAAUUGGUUUGCUUUCUUGCUCCACAAAUUUCUCAAGGAGUGUGCUGGCGAGCCUCUCUUCAUGCUGUUCUGUGCCAUCAAACAGCAAAUGGAGAAGGGACCCAUAGACUCCAUCACUGGAGAGGCACGCUAUUCCCUCAGUGAGGACAAGCUCAUCCGACAGCAGAUUGAAUACAAGACGCUGACACUGAGCUGUGUGAACCCAGACAAUGAGAACAGCCCGGAAAUCCCUGUCAAGGUGCUCAACUGUGACACCAUUACCCAGGUAAAGGAGAAGAUCCUGGAUGCGGUGUACAAGAACAUGCCCUACUCACAGCGCCCACGAGCUGCAGACAUGGAUCUCGAGUGGCGGCAGGGCAGAACAGCUCGUGUGGUCCUCCAGGAUGAGGACAUCACCACCAAGAUAGAGAGCGACUGGAAGCGACUCAACACACUCAUGCACUACCAGGUGUCUGAGCGAUGUGUAGUGGCCUUGGUGCCCAAACAGAUGUCCUCUUUCAACAUUCCUUCUUCAGCCAGCUUCCCACGCAGCAUCAGCAGAUAUGGUGUGGAUGUACCCUUCCGCUCCACCCCCACCAGCCCAGACAGCCCCCACUCCCGUGUGCCCAUGCUGACCCCCGACCUGGAGAGCGGGGUCAAAGUUUGGCACUUAGUCAAGAACCACGACCACGGGGACCAGAAAGAGGGAGAGCGAGGCAGCAAGAUGGUGUCUGAGAUCUACCUGACGAGGCUACUAGCAACAAAGGGCACACUGCAGAAGUUUGUGGACGACCUGUUUGAGACUCUGUUCAGCACAGUGUGUCGGGGCACCGCCCUGCCUCUCGCAAUCAAAUACAUGUUUGACUUUCUGGAUGAGCAGGCUGACAGACACGGCAUCCACGACAUGGAUGUUCGCCACACGUGGAAGAGCAACUGCCUGCCGCUGCGUUUUUGGGUAAACGUGAUCAAGAAUCCCCAGUUUGUGUUUGACAUCCAUAAAAGCAGCAUCACGGACGCCUGUCUUUCUGUGGUGGCCCAGACCUUUAUGGAUUCUUGCUCGACGUCUGAACACCGUCUGGGCAAAGACUCACCCUCCACCAAACUACUCUAUGCCAAGGACAUACCGCAUUACAAAAGCUGGGUAGAAAGGUAUUAUGCUGACAUCAACCGCCUGCCUGCCAUCAGUGAUCAGGAUAUGAAUGCCUAUCUGGCUGAACAGGCUCGCCUUCACUCCAGUGAGUUCAAUGUGCUCAGUGCCCUCCAUGAGAUCUACACUUACGUCAGCAAGUACAGCCAAGAGAUCAUUGAGGCACUGGAGCAGGACGAACAGGCCCAGAAGCAAAAGUUGGCGUAUAAAGUGGAGCAGAUCAUCUCAGUCAUGUCUGCAGAGAGCUGAGACAGACACACACACACACACACACACACACACACACACACACACACACACACACACACACACACACACACACACACACACACCUACAUACAGUCAAUAAACACACACUACACACACACACAUCAAACCAUACUAUUAACAGAAGAGUUCUAAACCCAUCAGCAACACAUGGGCACAUAUAGGAUUACACAUAAACACAUACUGAUGUAUGCAGAUUUUCUGGACCUACCGGAUAAACAAACAGUACACACACAAAGAGCAACAUACACAUGCAAAAACACACUUACAAAUGUACAGACACGAACCACAACAAUACAUCAAACAGCAGAUUGUCCCAAAGCACGACUUUUGAAUCCAGUGUCAUCGUUUUUUCAGAAGAAACUCCAACAGGCAAACAUCCAACCUCUAAAACGCUCCUAUAGAGACAAACAAAGAGGAUUUGGGCCAUGGCGGUUGCUGAAUUUGCUGCCAAUUCUCUUCCGCUGGGUAAUGAUUUGUCUUUGUAGUUGGUGCUUACACUAAAUGUCAUACAACGGCACUUGAUAAAGAAGGACUCGACUUGAAAAGUCACUGGAGGAGCUCAACAAAGACAGAAGCCAAUUUAAUGGGACGGCACGUGUGGUGAGACGAGACACAUAGUACUUUUUAUAUGUCAAAGAUGAAGGACAUUUGGUUGGACUACAUAUCACAGGCUUGGAGUGGCGUCGCCAUUUGGAGCCAUCAGGAGCAGAGAUGUGUAACUUCAUGUUGUUAAGCCUUUUUCUAUUGCCUUUUAAAGGCUUAAAAAAGAGAACACUAAAGACUCUGGCAUCAUUACUUUUCCUUUUCCCACUUGAAGCUCCCUUUCAUAAGUUCUUUUUUGUUUAAUGAAUUACAACUCUGCUGGGGAUAGAACAGUAUACAUCGAAUUUGUCAUUGACAAGGUGAGUGUGCCGCUUUAAUAAUCCAACACCAUGAGGGCAUUACCUUCAAAUCCAAAAUAUAUGUAGAUAUAUUUCCAGUCCCUGGCUUUUUGUGCCAAAUAUAAUAUGUUUCAUUCAUGUUAAAUGCUCCUGUAAAAGCUAUUAAUAGUACAUGCCAUUGUACGCUAAAGAUCCCAUUUAAGAUAGGAAUUUUUGUACAGUGAUGAUCUAUAGACCACUAAUUCAGCCAUUCAAAGAUAAGUGGAGACCAAAUUGAACUGUAGCAGAAAGCAUGAUUAAUGAUGCUAUAAGCCUGAUCGAGGAUCAGAUUAGCCUAACCCUGGCCAACAGUGCCGUUCCCUCACCCUUCCCCAUCUCAUCAGUCAUUGUUUACAUUCAGCAUGAUACUUGAAAUGCACCAAGUGUACAAGAUAUUGAGAACACCUGCUGCUCCUGAGGAGUAAUCUGGUCAGAUUAAGUUGGACGAGGGUUUUUAUGCCUUAUUGAUUUUCCCAAUAAAUCCACUUUGAACGUAACCUGGAAAUUAGACAUAGAAAAAAAUAAAAAGAUGAAAAAGAAUUUCUAAUCCAAGAGAUUUUGAGAUGUGAGAGAACCUGCAGUUUAGGUGUUCCUUAUAUUCUGUACACAGUGCGGAUAUAUGAUUAAUGAUAUAUGUGUCUGGAUCAGCAGUUGGUCCAUGUAAAGUUCAUUCAUUAACGUCUGCUGCUUCACAGUGCUAUCUUCGCUUUACAUCCUGACUAUUUUCAUGUUUCGGCAUAUAAUUCACACAUUUUCAUUUCGCAUUCAGUGUAUAUUUGACCUGACUGCCUGUUGUCUCCUUGCUGCUGUAUUUAUAGAGUGCCAUAUCUUAACUUUAAAAUAAUAAUUAUCAUGAGGAAAAAUUCAGUUUGAGGCAUCAUGCUAAUUCAGGGUUUCAGUUUUGAUUGUUUCACCUAUUGCGAUGAUGAAAGAUGAACAUCUUUCUGUGCUUGAGGCUGUUUCAUUGUUCCAUAAGAAGUCACUGUGGCCAUCUAUUAACUUCUUUAUGGAGACUGCUUUUUUUUUUUACCAUUUCAGUAUCAGUGGGGUUAAUGUACUCCCCACAGGACCUUGAUUCAUGUUAAUCUAGAAGAACAAGAUAAAAUAAGAUAGAUAAUAAAUACAUUUCCUGUUAAGUGUUGAAAUAUGACAGAUAAAUCAUCUGUUUCAUGUGUGUUUUGAUGAUGAUAAUUUAUAAAUGUGUUGUGCAAUAAACUGUCAGACAUUUAAACUGUAAUGUUUUUUAAACUAUAUUAUUGUAUAAAUACUGUACAUAAAAAAACACUCCUAUUUUGCAAGCAAAAGAUUCACUUUGUACUGUUGUUAUACAUUAAAUGCGCAGCUGAUGAAAAUUA